AGAAGAUCAAGACCUCCGAGAGCAACAGCAAAUUGUACUUAAAGAAGCCCCGGAACAGGUAUGUAUCCAUUUCAAGAUCAGAGAGAACAAUAUUUGGCGAAAUGUGCAAUCUAUAUGGGUAGAUCCUUCUGAUCCAUCAGAAGUGAUGCGGGUGGCGAAGAAGAAUAUACGAAAAGGACUGCGGAUUUUCGACACCAACAUGCAUCUUUUGACGUCGGACAAUUGUUUCGAGGCAGUGACUACGGAUGGAACAAACAUAAUUGUCUUAGUGCCUCAGAGAGAGCUAGAUAUCGAUGAACAAGUACUAGAUUCCGCUAGCGUGCUUGCCAUGGCGGACGAGGAAAGUUCCAAGAGGCAAGCCAGAUAAAAACAAUCUUUUUGACCUAGGCCAGACUUACGUCAAGGAGAGCAUCACGAGGAGAACUGGAU